UUUAUUGCAACCUAAAGACUUACCCUUAUUUUCAUAGUUUGGCUCUACUAUAAAUUUGGCUUUUACAGUUUUAUCAUAACCCUUUAAUUGAAUGUGCAUGGAAUUGGUGUGAACUGUGGUCUGUGGACUUCCUUUUGCACUCUGUUACUUUCUGAGUGGUGGAUCAUGGCUGAUCAGGGUAAGAUGGCAAUGCCCCCAUCAUCUUCUGUUGCUGCCACAGAGACCUCUCUGCCACUGAGUUAUCAUCCAUAUCCACAGCCUCUGGCUAGAUAUGAGGAUGUUGUGGUUUCCAGAGAACUCUUCAUGGAUACUCUGGGGAAACUCCAUGCUACAAUGGGAACAAAGUUCAUGAUCCCUGUUAUAGGGGGAAAGAACCUGGAUUUGCACCGCCUUUUUAAAGAGGUCACUUCUCGGGGAGGUAUUUGGAGGAUUUUGAACGAGAAAAGGUGGAAAGAAGUUACCACUGUUUUUAGCUUUCCUUCCUCUGCUACAAAUGCUUCCUUCAUCUUGCGCAAAUACUAUCUGUCGUUGCUUCAGCACUAUGAACAAAUUUACUAUUUUAAAGCAAAAGGGUGGACUGAGUCUGCAGAUGCUCUACAUAAUCUCCCCACGGCUUCAGCUUCUAGUAAUCGGCUUGAUGCAUCUGUAUCACAAACAAUUGUUCCUGAGGCUUCAUCGCAAUCACAGAGGGAUACAGAACAGCCGCUCCCUGGAGGAACUCCAGCUCCUUUUACUGUGGUUGGGGUAAUUGAUGGUAAAUUCGAAAGUGGAUAUCUUGUUACUGUUACCAUGGGCUCCGAGACACUCAAAGGUGUCCUUUAUCAAACUGCAAAAAAUUCAGCUGACCAACUAACACCAAAUCACGGUACAGAAAAAAUUAGUGACAAUAUGGCCACAUCAACUGGUGUGCAGCGACGUAGGCGCAGAAAGAAAUGUGAGAUGAAAAAGAGGGAUCCUGCACGUCCAAAACCUAACAGAAGCGGGUAUAAUUUCUUUUUUGCUGAGCAGCAUGCAAGGCUGAAACCGCUGUAUCCAGGAAAGGACAGAGACAUUAGUAGGAUGAUUGGUGACUUGUGGAACAAAUUAAAUGAAGCUGGCAAAGCAGUAUAUCAGGAAAAAGCUAUCAAGGACAAAGAAAGAUACAGGGUUGAAAUGUUGGAUUACAGGGAAAUGUUAAAGACAGGUCAAGUACUUACUGAUGUUUUACCAAUUCAGCAACAGCCUCGCGAACUUGAAAUUAAUAUGAUCGAUGCAGAUGUAAAUAUAGAAACUGAGUUGAGUUCUGGGAAGGGUGACAGGAGCAGGUUAGACUAUAUAACAGAAGAUCAAAACAAUGUUGGUAUAGGAUCUUUGGUCGAAAAAAAGGCAUUAGAGUCACCUAACAGAGUUGCCAAGAAUGGACAGGAAGGGGAAGGAUUCAUGCAGGCCGAUGAUCAAGUGGUGUCACAGAAAAAAUCUCCACCAGGUGAGGAGAGAGAAUCAGAGGAACCAGCUCAAAGAGAAACAGUGGCAAAUGAAGCCAUUAUUGAGGAGAAAAUAAUAAGUAGGGAAGAUGAAACUGAAACAGAGUUGGCACUUGGCACCUAUUGAUGGGCAAAUACCUGGUUAAGUGAAAGAAUCCGUUUAUCCUAGAUCAGUAUCAAGAUUCUAUGCAAUGCAAGGAGGCUCCAGGCUUCAUCAAGGGUAUUUCUUAUUGUUGUAUUGAUUUACUCGCUUUUUAUAUACAUUCGCACUCCUUGAGCAUGUUGUCUAGUACUCUGAACCAUUCAAAUGCUGUCGUAUGUUAUUUAUUGUGCUUUUAGAAGGUUCUU